CGACGAAGAUACCCCACCGAUGUCGACUGUAUCGGAACCGUAUCGUCUACACCCUCGGCUUCGCGCAAGCGUAGUCUUUGUUGCGCGAGAUCUGGGGUAAAUAAGAUGGCGUCGUUUCCCCAGAUAUCUCCAUCUUCAGAUAGUUGCAUAUACAGCACUCCAUCACUGCAUCUCUAACAGUUUUGUCUCGCUCUCCGCCAUGGCCACUCGCAACACUUCUAUCGCUAGCCAGAGCGCAAAUAUCCGGCAAAGGGCAAAUCAGAUAGCCGACCAAGUCGCUGCUGAGCAAGGACGAUUCGAAACCUUGCUGAAACCCAAGAAGAUCACUGCUAGAUACCCCAUCAAGGGUAAGAUCCUGCUCUUCGCGACAUGCGGUUUUGGAAGUCUUGGUGAUGCGUUGUUUGGUUACAAUUCUGGUAUCAUGUCUGGUCUUCUAGUCAAUCCAGUCUUCGUCAGACGAUUCUUCAGCGACUUUGGCGGUGCCGACGGAAGCACAGCUGCAGUCAAUCCCUCCAUCACCGGUAUAUCUGUUGCCUGUCUGCAAGCCUCAGCUGCUGUUGGCGCACUCAUCGCUGGCCGUCUGGGUGAUAUGAUUGGUCGCAAGCGAACUGUUCGUCUUGGUGGCCUCAUCUAUUUCUUCAGCGCCUUCAUACAAAUCUUCGCUCCCGGAUUCGGUACGUUCGUUGCCGGAAGAACAAUCCAGGGCCUUGGCGUCGGUUUCCUUUCAAUGACAGUUCCCAUCAUCCAGACCGAAAUUGCUGCACCGCACGCUCGAGGACUGAUGGUAGGAAUCGAGUACACCUGCCUCAUCGCUGGCUACAUGCUGUCUUGCUGGGUUGACUAUGGCUUCCACUUCAUGAUUCCGGACAACAUGUCCUGGCAGGGUCCGUUCAUCAUCCAGAUCCUCCUUUCCUUCCUCUUGGUUGCCAUGUCUUUCUUCCUACCUGAGACCCCGAGAUGGCUUGCAAAGAAUGGGUUCAUGCGGGAGAGCCUUCAGACUGUCGCAGACUUGCACUCGGACGGCGACACUGAGGCUGAGCACGUCCAGAAGGUGUUCUUCGAGAUCCAGGAGGCAGUGGUCUACGAGGCCGAGCUGGGCAAAGCCGGGUGGUUGGAAAUGUUCACUCGCUACCGCAAACGUACUAUCGUCGGUAUUACAGUCCAAAUGUUCGCUCAGCUCAACGGCAUCAAUAUCAUCUCGUUCUACCUGCCAAGUACGCUCUCCUCGGCCGGCUUCGACGACAAGAAGUCGCUACUCUACACCGCCGCAAACGCAAUCCCAUACACAGCGGCAACAGUAGUGACUUGGUGGCUAGCUGAUCGCUGGGGCAGGAAGCCAUUGAUGAUCCUCGGCGGUUGUGCGAUGGCCGUUCUUCUUGGCAUUGUUUGCGCGUUCACCGAGGCUGACAUGCCGAUCACGGCACGCGCCAACGGCCAAUACGCCUUCAUCAUGCUCUACAACAUCGUUUACGGGUUUACCUGGGGCCCGCUCCCGUGGCUCCUGCCAGCCGAGAUAUUCCCUCUACGUGGACGCAGCAAGGGGAUGGCACUUGCAACUACUAGCAACUGGAUUUUCAACUUUAUCAUUGGUAUGGUUUCGCCCGAUGCAUUUGCCGGGAUUGGCGGGUACUUCUACCUGGUCAUAGCAGGCUUCUGCAUCUUCUCGGCUGGAUUGGCGCACUUCUACUAUGUGGAGACUGCCAACUACUCCCUGGAAGAGAUCGCUAUCGCAUUUGGCGAGAAGGCUUUUGCAGAUGGCAACGAAGAGGUGCUGGAUACGAUUACUACAGGUGCAGAGAAGCAUGAAAGGUCGGUCAACAAGGUCUAGAAUUGACGUAUAGUCGCUCCCUCUGAGUUGUAAGUGGGCAUACCUGUUAAGGUUUUUGACGCUUUUACGCGUUCUUGUGCCCCAUACUUCGCACCCAAGGCCACAAAC